GUCAUGCCUGUUGGGAGGAGUAAUCGUCGUGAUGUCAAACAUCUUUCGAAGAAUCGUUUUUCAAAAUUGGAUGCCGACAUUGUCAGCUCAUACGUAGAUGACGAAGAAGGUAAUAUACCCUUUGGCCGGAAGUUUACGGUUCCUUGGAUAAUGAAGCAACUCCAUCAACAAAUCGAAGACAUCAAACCCUUGCUAGUGUCGGUCACACCACGAGGAGACGUUGACGAGGACUCCGCAGAAGCAUGCCGAGCUAUAUCACGUCGCGUUGUUCACAAAGUAACUGGAGAUCGUAUGACAAUUAUUGUCGACAAAGUUGUGGCUCCAUGGACUCGUCUGACUAAAGAAGAAACGUCUAUAAUACAGAUGGUCGUUGAUAGUCGGUAUAAUCACGACACCCGGUCGCUUGAUCUCAGCGAGUUUGCCUUAGAUUCAAAGUUCAAAGAACGUGAUUUGCACAUGAUGCUCAACAAGAACAAUGUAAUGCUAACAGUUGUUGAUAGAAUUGAUGAGAAGUUCGGCUCUAUAACAGCCCUAAGCCUGCAGGGCAAUCGACUGAGAUUCUUGGACUACGCUGCUGUCCUAACGAGCGUUACAAAAUUCCUGAAAGUGUUAGAUUUAUCGAAUAAUCAGGUAAUUUCAAUUGACAAAAUCAGCGAGUUGGAGAAACUGAAAGGCUUGCCUGUCGAAACAUUAUUCUUCGAAGGAAAUCCUCUUGUCGAGCAGCUCACCACAGCUUCAGGCUACCUCAGGUCCAUUGUUAGGCAUAUUUGGAGCACCGAGCUUUGUUUUUGUUUAUUGUGUUCUUUUGGAAGUCUUUUUGUAGUAGAGUUCAUGGUCCUUGCUUUUCAGCCAGGGUUUUAUGGGAACGAUGCCUUGCGGGUGUUGGUGGAACGGUUUCUUGUUGAAUACUUCAAGUUGUACGAUGGUGAGGACGGAGCCAUUACGAGGAAAAGCCUAGUGCAAGCCUAUGAUGCGGACAAUGUAGGUUAUACAAUACAUCUUUUUUUGUAUUCAUUCGGUACUCAUAGGUAUUGGGUCGAAUGCAAUGUUUAUACUUUAGGAGCUAUGGACAUUGCUGUAGCCCUUUCCAAGUUGCCCAUAACGAACCACUACACAGAAUCUUUCAUCGUGGACACCCAUUUGAUAUCUGAAGAACUGUUGGCGUUUUCUGUACAAGGGCUAUUCGAGGAUGGAAAAUUUGCUAAACCAGGAGAAGUGCCACAACUUAACUUCUUUACGCGAUCAUUCGUAGUAUCUCCUCGUGAGAAUGAAUCUAUAGCUGUUCUAUCCGACAUGCUGUUCGUCAGUGGAAUCACUCCAGCACGAAUGGCGCGAUACAAAUUAAUGCUAAACAAAGCAGCAUCGGCGGGACCGGCGCCACCUCUUCCUCCUGCCCCUGCCAAUCCAGUUGUGCAAGCAGCUCAGUCAAUUAGUGGUCUUCAAAUGUCUGGUGAACCCUCAGCGGAAAUCAAAAGGCAAAUGAUUGAACAGUUCUGUAAGGAUAGCGGUAUGGUGCCAGCCUUUUCGGAGAAGUGUUUGAUAGAGUACGACUGGAACUAUGAGGCUGCUGGACAAGCUUUUUUGAGUAUGAAGGACAAGAUACCUAAAGAAGCGUUUGGAAACGUUUGA